GGCGAUGGAGCCAGGCGGCCCCAGCGUGGAGGCCGGCAUGGAGGGCGCGGCGGGCGACCCAUAUCGGCGGCCGGCGCGGCGCACGCAGUGGCUGCUGAGCGCCCUGGCGCACCACUACGGGUUGGACCGCGGCGUGGAGAACGAGAUUGUGGUGCUGGCCACAGGCCUGGACCAGUACUUGCAGGAGGUUUUCCACCACCUGGACUGCCGCGGAGCCGGCCGCCUGCCCCGCGCUGACUUCCGCGCGCUCUGCGCAGUGCUAGGGCUGCGCGCCGAGGGGACCGCUGUCGCCGGGGAGGCAGCCGGGGACGCGAACACCGGGGACGCGGCCGCUGGCGAGGUCGCCGAGGGGGACGCGGACGCCGAGGAGGAGGCGCGCCUGGCGCUGUGCGCAGAGCCUCCGGAACUUACUUUCCGCCAGUUCCACGCGCGCCUCUGCGGCUACUUCGGCACCCGCGCAGGGCCCCGGCUGCCCCGCGGCGCGCUCAGCGAGCACAUAGAGACGCAGAUCCGUCUGCGCCGCCCACGCCGCCGCCGCCGCCAGCCCCGAGCGCCUGGCCCGGACAGCGGCCCAGAUGGCGAACUUGUGGCGCGGCUGGAGGAAGAGAACAGCAGCUUGCGGGAGCUGGUGGAGGACCUGCGCGCAGCGCUGCAGAGCAGUGACGCGCGCUGCCUAGCGCUGCAGGUCGGCCUCUGGAAGAGCCAGGCAGGCGACCUCCAGGUGGGGCCCAGCGGGACCGAGGCGGCGGCGCGGGAGCUUCGGCAAGCGCAGGGCGCGCUGGCGGCGGCCGAGGCCCGCGCAGGGCGACUGCAACGGGGCCAGGCGGAGGUGCGGCGGCGUGCCGAGGAGGCCCGGCAGGCCGUGCUGCGCAGCCUGCGCCGCGUGCGCGAGCUCGAGGCGCUAGCCCAGCAGGUGCCCGGCCUGCAGCGCUGGGUGCGGCGGCUGGAGGCAGAGCUGCAGCGCUACAGGUCAGAGGUCACCCAGCUCUCAGCCUCAUCACAAACCAGCCCAGAUCCAGAAGCCAACAGUGGUGAACCUGAAGAGAGUGUGACCAGAGACCCAGGCCCUCCUCUUGAGGGAGCAGCCUGGCAGUCAGACAGCAGCUCUGGAAGCAGACGCCUGGAUGAAGCAGGGGACGAGCAGCUCUUCCGCUCCGUGGAGGGCCAGGCCGCCUCGGACGAGGAGGACGCCCAGGAGGAGUGGCGGGAGGGGCAGAGGCCACCAGCGGCCGAAGUCAAGAAGCUGCUGGCAGGCCUCUCUGGCUGCGGGAGUGGGUGUGACGGCCAGCCCGCCAAGAAGCUUAUGACCUACUUCAGCCACUUUGGCAAUGCAGACCACACCUGCGCCCUGGGGGAGCUGGAGGCCCAUGUUGCCAUGCUGGUGGAGCAGCUGGGAACCCAGGGCUGCGGCAGAAAGACCCUGGGGACACCGGGGGAGGAGGCAGAGCUGCAGCGGAAGGUGGAGGAGAAUGAGCACCUGAGGCUGGAGCUGCAGAUAGUGGAGACGGAGAGGGUACGGCUGUCCCUGCUGGAGGAGAAGCUGGUGGACGUGUUGCAGCUCCUGCAGAGGCUCCGGGCCCUGAACAUUUCCAAAAGAGCCUUGGGGAAGAUUUUGCUGAGUACAUUGGACGCUUGCAGGGACCCCCCACAAGAGGGGAGAGCUGGGCCCCAGCUGGAUACCCUGCACCAAGCCCUGGCCAGCUGCAAGCUCUUGCGGAGACAGACCUCAGCUCCGGCCUCCACAGCACCUGCCCACACUGACUCCCUCCUCAUCUCCUGCUGAGGUCACUGGCCUAGGGGUCACCUGGUCAGCCUGGCUACUAUCAGAGCAGCAGCAGCCAGACUGACUGCCAUCUGACCCCCCACAGCAUGUGGGCUACCAUCUGACCCUCCGUGAUGGGCCCAUAACUGCCAUCACUUCCAGGUUUAUAAGGCUUGGGCCACUAGGGGCCCUCACUAUGUUCGCUGGAACUCUGGAAGCUCCUUCAAAGACUGGUCUGAACCCAGCACUUCCCACUGCAGAGACUGGCACGUACCCCUCCAUGGACUUCUCUCAGAUUCCCUGGCCGCCCCUGUGUUCCUACUGCCAGACUCCACAUUAUAGCUGGCAGUUGCUUGAUCAGCCUGUACCUGCUGCUGUUUCUCCUGCCCUCGGAGCAGUGUGCCUGCUGCUCUCAGGUUGGGAGACUGAUCCCAACCUUAAGGACACACUUGGUCCCUUUGGGGGAAACUCCACAGCCCCAGGAAAUGUCGAAGACCAAGAAAGACUAAGGGGAAUUCUAAAGAAGGAGUGAUUACUGUGGGCUUCCUGGUGGAAGCUGGCCUUGAACUAGCUCUAGAAGAGAGGUAGGAUCUGGAUGGACAAAGAGGAGGGAAGCUGAGGUCACAGCAAGAGCAAAAGUGUGGGGGCACCAGAAACCCUUGUUUCCUAAACACGUACUGGGUGCUCGGCCUCCUGAGGUCACAGCAAUGGCUAAGACAUUACGCCUAUCCCAUUAGCUUAAAGUUCAUACGAGGGAAAGAUCCACUGGCCAGUAACUGCAAAGCAGUGUGAAUGGAAUCAAGAGAAAUGGAGGUGAAGUACCAGUUGCUACGAGAGCUGGACACAGAGCGAUCCGUGUGAGCAGGAGCAUGGGGGCACUCAGCAGGGUCAUGGGGACAGGGGCUGGUCCGUUCUGAGCCAUGGUGCAGAGCAGGAAGAUCACAGGGGCCCCAGUGACAGGACAGGGAUCUGGGAAUUUACCCUACAGUAGUGGGGACCCAUGGAAGGUUUCCAGCAGGAUAAGGCUGCCACGUGGGGGAUGAGCUAGAGGCAGGGUACCAUGAAAAAGAUGCUGCUGCAAGAAUGGAGGGCAAGGAGGCUCGAGCCGGAGCCAUGGGGGCAGAGAAGAGGGGAUGUGGGGGACAGAGGGCUUUAGGGGUGGCCGGGGGGGUUGGGGCUUGGCAGAUGUGCAGUUAUUGGUGUCACUGGCAGGGGUAGGAAGCCCAGAGAAUGGGCAUUCCUGGGCAGGGGCUACAGGGAGUGAGGAAGGAGGGGCUUGGGCUGGCCUCAGGCACUCAGCAGCUCAGGCAGAUGGAGGGGAACAGGAGGGAGCAGGGAGCUACUGCAGGCACUCAAGAAGGGAGACACAGGCCCAAUCCCAGUUUCCAGACAGUUCCUCUGGAAAUGGAAUAACAGAACCCAAGGCCAGUGGCCAUCACAAUGGGACAGGCCUGUUGGUAAGGGCGCCAAGUCACCCCAGGGCCAGUGCGCAGGGCCAGACCCUGGGAUGCUGAUCUGAGCAGAGUAGGUAGCCCCAGCCUGAGCCCCGGGGCUCCUCCAGCUCUGCUGCUGCUGACUGCUGGACUCCAGAAGCCCACAUCUGCCAGUAAGAGGGGCCGCUAUUCUGGGUGCUAACGUGGAGGGGUUACAUUUAUCUAUUGUUGUCGUCAGCUCCUGCCAAGUAGACUCUGACUCAUGGCGACCCCAUGUACAGCAGAAUGAAAAGCUGCCCAGUACUGCAUCAUCCUCACCAUCACUGGGAUGUACAAGUUCAUCUCACCAAGGGUCUCUCUCACCCUCACUGGUCCUCUACUUCACCGUUCUUCUCCACUGAUUGAUCCCCGCUGUGAUGCGUCCAAAGCAAGCAAGUUGGACAGUGUUCUGUUGCGGCCCAUAAGGUUUUCAUUGACUAAUUUUUGGAAGUAGAUCACCAGGCCUUUCUUCCUUGUCUGUCUUAGUCUGGAAGCUCCACUGAAACCUGUCCACCAUGGAAGACCCUACUGGUGUUUGAAAUACCAGUGGCAUAGCUUCCAGCAUCACAGCAACACACAAGCCAUCACAGUAGGACAAACUGACAUUUGGGUGGUGGACAUGAAUCUACACGUGUUAAAAUUCUUAGAACUAGAAAUCCCUCCCCAAAAAAGUCAGUUUUACUUUAUACUAAUUUAAGAAAUAAAACAAGAGGGGUCAGAAGACAUUCUGAAGCUCCCCCAGCUCCAACCACCUGGGAUCUCCAGACAGCAGGUGGAGAGGGUUCUUAGAGAUUGCAACCACACUAAGCCUCAGUCUUGGCAAGUUCCCGCAUAAAAACCCCCUUGCCGCUGCCCAGCAAUCGAUUUGCACGCCGCUCAUUGAAGACGUUUAUAAGGUGGGGCAGGAUCUUGGAGUGCCCAGAGGGACUAGGUGAGCUACCCAGCAUCACAGAGCUAAUGAGUAUCUGAGCCUGGAUUGGGGUCCCCUGUCUUCUGAGGCCAAGUCUCAGGUACGUUUAUAUACUGCUAGGUUCCUCUGGCUAGUAAACGCUGGACUUGCUAACGGUUUGGAGUCUGGAUUAGUUACAGUAUAGGCUACGUCUCCCUAAUAAGGAGACUCCAAAAUACUCUGGAUCAAACAUAACAGAAGUUUAUUUCCUUCUCCUGUAACAGUCGGAGGUGCGUGGUGCUGGUUAGCAGGGCAGCUCUGCUCCACAUGGUCACAUGGGGAUCCAGGCUCCUUCCAUUUGCUGCUCUUCUAUUCCCUGGAGUGUUGUCCUUCUUCGCGUGGUGGAAGCCACUUGACCAGCCAGCUCUGUGAUAAAUGGGCAGGGCCUUUACUGAGCAUGGCCACAAAGAACAGCAGGAACGCGGCUAGAAUGGCAGAAAUGCCUGUGGAUACAAUCAGAAUUUGUUGAGACGAAAUUUUAAUUUGAUGAUUUAUGGAGAGCUUAAAGCAUCUGUGAGAUGUGGAGAUUUUAACAUUCCCAUUUCAUAGAUGAAGAAAAUCGAAGCACAGAGAGGUGAAGGCAGUAUCUGGAAUGGCUGUCCUGUCUACACUGUCCAUUGACUUCUGCCUGUGGGCAUUUCUGGCUUUUGGCUACAUACAGUAUAUCCCAAAAUUUUCCGCCCCCCGCCAAGGGAAAUGUUAUGUUUGUGAGUUUCUUUCCUUACCAAGGUCUGGCAGCAAAUACACAACACAGAUUAUCGGUGACUCUGAAUCUAGUGAUAUACUAGAACUGAGCUCCAGGUGAGCCCUACCCACCACUGUGCUGAUUCCACCAUUUAGGAAGUACUUUCACCUGCCUGACCACACCAUGUCCUCACCACAGCCCUAUGAGGUAGGCAGGGCAAAGACUGUAUACAUUGUACAGAGAAGGGAGCCAAAGGCCAGAGCAGUGCAGGCACUUUCCCAAGGCCAAAGACUAGUAAGUGGUAAAGUGGGAGCUGGAUCCCAGGACUUGCAGGCUCUCAGUGUACAGUUAUUUCAGGGACCCCAAUACCCUGUAAAUCCCCUAUACAGUUAUUUCAGGGACCCAAUACCCUGUAAAUCCCCUAUACAGACAUCUUUCAUAUUGUAUGUCCAGGAACAUCUGAACACACUAAUAAAUAAACAUUGAUGUAGCAGUAACUCCUUAUAUCAGUCAGUAUGGGCUAGCUUACGCUGCAGUAACAACAAAAAAUUCCCAGUGGCUAAUACAAGCAGAGUAUUCUCGCUCACGCUUCAUCUCCAACACAAG